AUGAACAGGACAUUGACGCGCCUGACGUGUCGCAACCUUCAGGCGAGGACUCACCCGGCCCUGGUCCGCCGCUUCGCCGACGUCAAGAGGCCGCCCUCGGCUCCGAAGCCCAUCGUCGACAUCAAGGACAUCCGCCAGAACCCGGAUCUGUAUCAGCAGACAUGCGUCGAGAGGAACUACCGCCGUCAGGCCCAGAACCCGGCUCAGAUUCUUGAGCUGCAUGCCAAAUGGCAGGAUCUUCAGAGGCAGGGUCGUGCCCUUCGUGAACGAUCUAAUCUGCUGAGGCGCCAGCUCGCGAACCCGGCCACCAGCAGCGACGAUGAGGAUCUCAAGGAGGUGAAGCAAUUGACCCGCGAGCAGAUCCAGGAGGAGGCUCGGAACCUCAAGCAACAGCUUUCUAUGAUUGAAAAGGGCGAGUCGCAGGCGGUCGCCAAGAUGGAGGAGCUGGCGCUGGAACUCCCCAACCUCACUCACCAAGAUACCCCCAAGGGUGACCAGCCUGAGGUGCUCAGCUACAUCAAUGAUCCUCCUAUUUUCCAGGAAUCUCCCGAGGACAAGAUCUGGCGCUCUCACGUUCAUAUUGGCUCUGAACUCGGCAUCUUUGACUUUGCUGGGGCUGCCACUGCUUCUGGAUGGGGAUGGUACUAUCUCCUUGGUGAGGCCGCUCAACUAGAGCAGGCCUUGGUUCAGUACGCUCUCGCCGUCGCAACCCGUCACGGCUGGACACAAGUAUCGCCUCCAAGCAUGGUUUACAGCCACAUUGGCGCCGCCUGCGGUUUCCAGCCUCGCGACCAGAACGGCGAGCAACAAGUCUACACUAUCUCCCAGUCAGCCGACGAUAUCGAGCGCGGCGUCCCUGAGAUGUGCCUCACCGGAACAUCCGAGAUUGCCCUUGCUGGAAUGAAGGCCAACACCACUAUCGACCCGGAGGAUCUACCCCUCAAGCGUGUCGCCGUCUCUCGAUGCUAUCGGGCCGAGGCUGGUGCCCGUGGCGCUGACACCAAGGGCUUGUACCGCGUUCAUGAAUUCACCAAGGUUGAGAUGUUUGCAUGGACAGCUGCGGAUGAGGACGCCGCCCAGGAUCUCUUUGACGAGAUGCUCGACAUGCAGACCGAGAUCCUCUCCUCAUUGGGUCUUUACUGCCGCAUCCUCUCCAUGCCAGCUCACGACCUAGGGGCGUCAGCCACCCGCAAGAUCGAUAUGGAGGCCUUCUUCCCCAGCCGCAAGGGCAACUGGGGCGAGGUGACGUCUGCGAGCAUGUGCACCGACUACCAGACCCGCCGUCUCGGCACACGAACCCGCGUCGACGGCAGACUCUCCUUCCCCUGGACGACCAACGGCACCGCCCUCGCCGUGCCGCGCGUGUUAGCGGCCAUCCUCGAGAAUGGAUGGGACGAGGAGGCCAAGACUGUCGCGGUGCCAGAGUGUCUGCGGCCGUGGAUGGACGGAAAGGAAAAGAUUGGCCUUGGAGGUCGGAGGUCGAGCGUGGAUCGCGUGUAA